AUGAGAAGUGAAACAAGCAAAGACGCUACCGAUGAUAUCCAAGAAGCUCAACCUGUUGAAGCAACUACGUCAGAAGAUAUUCUGAGAAAGUGGUUUCCAUUAUUCCAUUGCUUAGAAGUUUCCCAAGGAGAGGAUGACAUAAAGGCAACACUGGAGCCAGUGUUCGGCAGUCUGGUGUUGUUGGAAGACGCCUUCAAGAAUUGCAGCAAAGGCAAGAAGUUCUUUGGCAGAGACAAAAUUGGAUACAUGGACGUUGCACUUGGCUGCUUCUUGAGUUGGAUGAGGGUAAACGAGAAGAUGAACAACAUCAUACUUCUUGAUGAAGCCAAGAUUCCAGGUUUAUACAAAUGGGCAGAAGAUUUUUGUGAUGAUAGCUCUGUCAAAGAUGUUAUUCCUAAAACUAAUAAGCUUGUUGAGGCUGCUAAGGACCUUCUACCCAAAAUUAGAGCUAAUGGCAUCUAG